AUGGCGGAGGAGGAGGAGGAAGACGAAGAACGAGAGACGACGACGCCUCUUUCCCCCACUACCUCCACCACCACCCCCAACAUCUACAAAACCCUAUUCGCACUACAACUACUGCCCCCAAUACUACGACCCCUCCAUCACCCCUCCUCGCCCUCCUCCUUACUACGGCCCCCCUCGCCGCCGCCGCCGCCGUACGUGGAGCACCAGAGGGCGAAGACGGUGAAGAACGACGUCAACGUGCACAGGGACGCGAUCGGGCUCGUCCCCGACGAGCGCGACCCCGAGCAGCACCUCGUCUCCUUCACCUACGACGCUUUGGUCGAUGGGAGUUUCACUAUCUAUUACUUUGCGAAAGAAGGAGCAGAUUGUAGUUUCUCUUCUGUAUAUCCCGAUUUGCCCACAUCUACAAAGACACCUUUCCAAAAGGGACUCGCACAGAAAUUUGUCCAACCUUCUGGAUCUGGUAUAGACUUAGGCUUUUUCGAUCUCGAUGAUCUCUCCAAGCCAUUAAAUGGAGAAAUAUUCCCCUUGGUCAUAUAUGCGGAAGCAUGCCCGCCACCUACAACUGAUGGCGUACAGAUGGAAGAGUCUAGAAGAUCAGCUCAAGCUCAGAUCACUCUAGCUGUUAUAGAGAAGAAUAGUAGCACUGAGGCAUUCCAAGUCAAAGUAGUGAAGCAAAUAUUGUGGGCCGAAGGCGAGCGCUACGAAUUGCAAGUAAUCUUUGGCCUCGUGAACUCCGCGGAAGCAGAAGUUUCUGGUGCCGAUAAGGACGAUGACAUGGGCAAAGAGUGUGUUAUCUGCUUGUCAGAGCCAAGGAAUACUGCUGUUUUUCCCUGCAGGCAUAUGUGUAUGUGCAGUGAAUGUGCAAGAGCAUUAACACUUCAAUCGAACAAAUGCCCAAUAUGCCGACAACCUGUUGAGAAAGUAAUGGAGAUCAAAGUUAGCGAUGGUGAACAGUGAAAAUUUCCGAUCCCGUUUAAAUUAGCAGGUGUGAAAUUUUUCUCAAACGGCCAAUGUUCCUUUAUGUGUAUAGUCUCCACAUAUAUGCUUGUCCUAUAAAAGGCGGAGUGGAAUAAUGGAAUAACUUGGUAUUUGUGGGAAUAAGAAUUGUAUCCUGAGUUUCCAGUGUGAUUAUUUUCACCUUCAUACUUGUAUAUAAUGAAUUUCUUAAAGUGCUUUACUUGGUUAAGUGGCUCCAAAUUGUUGGACACUGCCGAUAUUGGAACCCUGUUAUGUAUUUACCUCAUUUUUUACCGUUCAUGAAAUUUAGUUUGUGAGAAAUUUUGCAUUUUA